UUCAACAGCAAGUUGGAGUAGCAGCUUGCUAUAGUGUAUGUUGGGGACCACUUUGGCUUUACAAUUAUCCCAGAAUGUCUCAGUUGGCUCAGAAGAUGCAAAACCAGCUGCAUCCUCCCAUUCUUCCUGGAGCUUGUCUUCAGUGCAUCUCUGACACACAAAAUAAUUCUAAAUGCUCCACUAAUGAAGAUAUACCUGCUUUUGCCUGUGCUCUGCCACUGUUGACAGUGAAGGAAACAAAACUGGUCUCCUUAGCCCAAGAUUAUCUGCAAUAUGUGCUCCAGGAAUCACACCUCGGACCAGCCCAAACCAGGGUUGCUCAUGUCUUGCGAAGCAUUGCAUCUUCUCUGCAAGAUCAAACAGAGGAGGCCCUCAGACCACUCUUGGACAGGAUUGACAUCACCUCUGUAGCUGUCGCCAAGAGAAUUUUCAAUGGUGUCAUGGAAGAAAAGUUUGCUGAUGGAAAUACUAACUGGGGACGAAUUAUGACCAUAUUCACAUUUGGAGGUCUUCUCACUAAGAAGCUUCAGGAGCACGGAGUUCAGCUGACUGCAGAGGAGAAGGAGCAGAUCUCCUAUUUCAUCACAGAGUACAUCAUAAACCACAAAGCUGAAUGGAUAGAUGCGAAUGGUGGCUGGGAAAAUGGCUUCCUAACAAAGUUUGAAAGAAGAUCACUACUAUCUUUCUCCAAAAUUACAGCCCUGUUCAUAGCUGUUUUCUCCUUGCUCAGAGAGUACUACUGAAAUAAAAGGACCUGCCAUUUAUGUGUAAUCUAGGUAUUGCCACAACCUUCACUUCUCAGCCUUCCUCCAAGACAUAUUAACAAGAAAAUAAUUUCCUUCCAUAAUUUAUUUGUAUUUAUUUUGACUAAAUACAAUGUUUAACAUGCUAUCCUAAUUACCAAACCUGAAGAUGAGAUCCCUCCUAAGAGGAAUCCACACAACGUCAUGCAGCAAUUCAAGUCUACCUUUCCAGGCAGGAUUGAGAUAAUUUUCCACAUCCAGACAGCUCUUGGAAUCUCUCUUGAAUCUCCAUGAAAGGACAUUGUUUUAGCGAAAUACAAUCCAAUGGGUUAAGAAACAAGGUUUUAUGUCAUUUGUUUUGUAAAUGAAAUACUACUGUAAUGCAUUUUAUUGCAAUCCUUGUAUAAGCCAAAGGGGGAGAUUUUUAUGAAGAAAAAAGGAAUGCAAAUUCCAAUAUAAAAGUGGUUAGAAGUUACUGACACAGACUAAGCAAUUUCUACGGGAAGAACUAUUUGUGGAAGCUGGCAACUUAAAAAUGUGCACUCACUUACUGUUACUGCAAUGGUAUGUGUUUCUGUGCUGUAUUUUUUAAUUGCUCAUAGCUACAGUGAAUGUUCUUUCAUAUCUGUGUGAUGUAAUCAUCUUGCUGAACUUUUUUUAAAAAUAGGCAAGUAUAAAAUAUUUUUAAAGUGAGAAAAUUAUGUAAAUACACUAAUA